AUGUCAAACUCGGCAAUCGCGAAGCCAUUGACGUUAGCAUGUGGCCUUACUUUGCCCAACCGCCUCACAAAAGCGGCGAUGGCCGAGAACAUGGCCGACAGCGAAGGCUUACCCUCCCCUGCUUUCCAUGCACCUUAUGCUGAAUGGGCCGAUGGUGGUUGGGGAUUGGUCUUGACCGGCAAUGUGGAAGUCGACCAGAGGUACCUUGGUUCGCCCAAAGACAUUGCAUAUAAUGAUUCUAUUCCGUAUGAGCGGCAGCUGGAUGCCUGGAAGGCCUGGGCGAAGGUCUGCAACAAGAAUGGAACCCCGACCAUUGUCCAGGUCAACCAUCCUGGCCGCCAAUCUCCCCUUGGCGCUGGCAAGCGUGGCUUUUUUGAAAAGGCAAUUGCACCCAGUGCGAUACCUUUGAACUUUGGGCAAGGUCUUGUCGCGCGUCUUAUCAGCUCUUUGGUCUUCGGUACUCCUCGGCAAAUGACUGUUGCUGAUAUCAAAGAUGUUGUUCGUCGCUUCGCCCAGACGGCUGAAUUGGCGUCGGACGCCGGUUUCGCCGGGAUGGAAAUUCAUGGCGCCCACGGCUACCUGCUAGCUCAAUUCAUGUCCGAAAAAAGCAACGAGCGAGCCGACGAAUACGGCGGAUCACCGGCCGCCCGUGUGAAGAUCGUUGUUGAAAUCAUCCGGGCGAUCCGUGAAGUGGUACCGAAGACCUUCUGUGUCGGAAUCAAAUUCAACUCGGUUGACCACCAGUCUCAAUCUGAGCUCGAUGCCUGCAUCGAACAGCUCAAGUUGAUUACUGAUGCUGGGGUUGACUUUUUGGAGGUCAGCGGUGGCACAUAUGAAGAUCCCCUGAUGGCUACUGGUGUGGCCGAUGAAAAGAAGUCAGACCGUACAAAGGCACGCGAAGCUUUCUUCCUUGAGUUCGCUCGGGCGAUCCGCCGUGACUUCCCAGAUGUCCCCUUAAUGGUGACUGGCGGCUUUCGUAGCCGUCAAGGGAUGGAGGCGGCCCUUGAAAACAGAGGCUGCGAUCUCAUCGGACUAGGCAGGCCUGCAGUGUUGAACCCGGCACUACCAAAGAAUACCAUUCUUGCAGCUACUGUCAAGGACGAGGACGCUAAGUUGUACGUGCGCAAGAUCGAGGCGCCCUGGUUCACCAAGAAGUUUGGACUCAAGGCAAUUGGCGAGGGCGCUGCGACGGCCUGGUACGGGGCUGAAAUACGUAAGCUGGGAAAGGCAGAGUAG